AGCGACACGCCUAUUGGGAUCAAGCCAGCGACACGCCUAGUGGGAUCAACUAGUGAUACGCCUAAUGGAAUCGAGCCGACGACACAACCCAUGGGAUCAAACCAGCGAUACACCUAAUGGGAUCAAGCCAGCGACACGCCUAGUGGGAUCAAGCCAGCGAUACACCUGGGGGAUCAAGCCAGCGACACGCCUAAUGAGAUCAACUAGUGAUACGCCUAAUGAGAUCGAGUCAACAACACAACCCAUGGGAUCAAACUAGCGACACGCCUCAUGGGACCGAGCCAGCGACACGCCUAGUGGGAUCAAGUCAACAACACAACCCAUGGGGGAUCAAACCAGCGACACACCU